AUGACAGAAUCCACCCCUUUACUUAAGAGGGCAAGAGAUGAAGAAGAGAAUUUGGAGUAUGAAGAGUAUGAAGAUUUUGAAAUGAGUCCUAGGGUAAAAUAUUCUUUGUUGACUUUAGGUAUUUUAAGUUCUCUUGCAGUGUUAUACUUUUUUACAGUUUUUUUACCUGGAUAUUUCAUUCCUGAGUCAACUGACUUGGUGGAUAUAAUCAAGGUAAGUGACAGUAAUGUUCAGUUGAUUCCAUUGAAACCAAUCAAGAAAACAGGAUUCGAAUUAUUUGCAUAUGAAGAUAAUCAACUUAAAGGAGAAGAGAUGGAGUUAAGUUUUCCUGAAGAUUUCAGCUACGAAUACAAUUCCAAUAACAAGGAACACAAGAGGAAAGUUGAGAGGCUCAUCUUAAUUGGUGACAUUCAUGGCCACUACAUUCAAUUCAGGCAUUUAUUAAGAAAACUCAAUUACAAUGCCAAAAAAGACCAUAUCAUAGUAUUAGGGGACUUUGUUAGUAAAGGACCAGAUUCUAUCAAAGUUUUAGACUACUUAAUGAAAAACAAAAUCGACUGUAUAUUGGGAAACCAUGAAUAUUACGUGUUACAAAACUAUGCAUCUUUCCAUGGGAAACAAUUUCCUGAUUUUGUCAACGGCAGCGCCCAUAGUGAUGGUCUUAGCAUAGAAGGAUUCAACGAUGAUCCUGAGUUUUUGUUGGCGAAAAAAUUACAAGCUGAUCAUAUAAAAUAUAUCAAUAGUUGUCCUAUUAUCAAGAAAAUAGGUGAAGUUCCUAUUUAUCGGAAGAAGGACUCGAAUGAUAUAUUAAAUGGAGGAGUUUCCACUAAGAGUACGAGAAAAGGAGUAGUGGUCCAUGGUGGCUUAAGAUGGGAUUUAUCGUUAUAUGAACAACAACCUGUAGAUAAUUUAGAAAUGAGAUCUUUAAUUGGUCCCUAUUUCAAUCAAUCAACUGAUGAUCCCCACGAACCUAAUGCCGUGUCUUGGUCCAAGAUUUGGAAUAAACAGCAAAAGCUUUUGAAAUCUGACGAAAGUUUGGUAGUUUAUUAUGGACACGAUGCCAGAAGAGGACUCAACUUAAAGAAUUAUGCUAGAGGUUUAGAUACUGGGUGUGAUAGAGGAGACUUAUUACUGGCCAUGGUAUUAUGGAAUGAAUUACAAGACGGAGUCGUCAUCCACAAAGAGAAGGCUGUUCAAGUUCAUUGUUAA